AGUGGGCUAUAUAUAGGCUUUACGAUUUGAAGACGGCCUCUCUCUCUCUCAUACUCAAACGUUCAUCCCUUUGCUACAUCUGCAUACUCUCUUUCUUUCUCUCUCUAAAACCUCUCUCUGGCAUUUUGUCUGUAAGACGCCAUUUUGUCUCUCUCUGAUCUCCGGCAACUAAGAAAGAUACGCAUUUUUUAGCACUCAAAAUGGUUAUGGAGCAGUAUCUUCAAGAGGCUGAAGCACAAAAUGAAUCCGUUGAAUAUGGGGCUUCUGUAGAGAAGUGGAAUUCUGUCUCAGCCACAGUUGAUGAGUCUGAAGAUAAUCCUUCCAUUGGUUUUGACUGCAACAUUUGCCUAGACUCUGUGCAGGACCCAGUUGUCACGCUUUGCGGUCACCUCUAUUGUUGGCCUUGCAUUUACAAAUGGAUCCAUUUCCAGAGUGUCUCUGCUGAAAACCCUGAUCAGCAAAAACCACAAUGCCCUGUAUGCAAAGCCGAAGUUUCACAAAGAUCCUUAGUCCCACUUUAUGGCCGUGGCCAAACUGCGAAAUCCUCUGAAACCAAAUCCCCACAUCUGGGUAUAGUUGUACCACGAAGACCUCCUAGCCCUACUAGUUGCGGAGUCCACACACUGAUAACAACUGCAGACACCACCAAUUCUCAUCCAGCACAGCAACUUCGUCAUCGUAGGUCUCAGCCAUAUCACCUUCACUCUGGUGGCUAUGCUGCCAUGCCCAUGCUCAGCCUAGAUGGAACGCCGACAACGGAUGUGAUUCACCCGAUGGUUGGCAUGUUUGGGGAAAUGGUUUAUGCGAGGAUUUUUGGGAACUCAGAAACUACUUCGUAUGCUUAUCCAAACUCUUAUCACUUGGCAGGUAGCAAUAGUCCGAGGGUGAGAAGGCACAUAAUGAAGGCCGAGAAGUCUCUCAGCAGAAUUUGUUUUUUCCUCUGCUGUUGCAUUGUUUUGUGCCUUCUUCUGUUCUAAUUACCACCUCAGCUUGUUAUUUCUUCCUGCCCAUUGUACAGUCCUGUGAGAAUUAUGAAUAUCAAUACAUAGAUCCGGCCAGGUGUGAUAGAUGUCAGAGCUUUUGCAUCUAUGUGCUGAUAUAUAUAUAUAUAUAUUAUAUACACGAGUCUAUUGAACUUAUAACGGAGGUUGUAGUUAAAAUUUUGAAUGUAAUUGAGCUUAGUUUGAUUCCCUGCUCUAUAACUUGUAUCUGGUGUUUUUGAAAGAAAGUGGAAGUAUGGAUAUAAUGUGA